AGGGCCGCUAAACCGCUUUCUGCUACCGAGCGUGGCAUAUCUUGACAUUUUGGGACAUCCUCCAUCCUUCAUGUCAUGUUCAGCCGACGCUUGUCGCUUGUCGCACGUCGCAAGGCGUCCCUUUCCCACUCCAGCUCUUGUCGGCAGAAAGUCUUGGUGCGUUAAAUCUCAAGUGAGAGUGGAAUAUCACCCUCAAGCGUUGCGGCUUUAGCCGAAUGUCCCGUCUACAACCCUUACAACUCUUGCUCAAGUGAUUGAUUCUGUCUUGUUCUGUCUGCUUUUCUAUCCAAGUCCCAUAUUCCAGCCCGCUCCGUUACGUACAAUCUCACCCGCCAUGCGGUGCGGCAAUACCAUGUAAAGACGAAGCCGAAACCGAAGCCUACGACGUUUUUUUAUUCUUUCUAGUAUCUGCUUGCCUUGCGCUUCCUCCCAUUCCGUCCGUCCGUCCCUCCUACCUCCCGUCGCAGCUGGUUGAUCUGCACAAGCGUAUGUGAUCAUGGGUGACCAGCCGUUUGUGACGAUAAGUGAAUGGCAGCCCACGGAUGGGCAUAGUUUCAGCAGUGGAGAUUCUGCCGUACGUCGAGAAAAGAAGAUAGCCAGGCCUCAAGCUCGCUCUCAUCUAAUCACAUCUUCUUCUCAGUAUGGUUCCAGCAUUGAAGAUGAGAGGACGCCGUCGGCCACACACGACAUCAGCCGUGUGAGCUACCACGUCAAGCAUCUGCCCGAAUUUGCGAAAACUCUAGAGGAUUCGGCCACCCGGGCUUUCCCCAACCGGGGAGGCUCGCAGAGAUACAAGAAAGUACAUGUCCUCCUUCUUCAUUGGACAUGCGACGAUCUAUUCGUCCUCAAGGAGCUCGAUGACCUAGAAGCAUGCUUUCGAGAAGAAUACAGCUUCCAGACUGAAACGUUUCCGAUUCCGUCCGACAAUGCGCAUCUAGAAUUAAUGUUAAAAAUUGGGGCCAUGAUUAAGGAACAUGAGUCGAACGAUACCCUAUUUAUAGUUUACUAUGGUGGCCACGCAAGAAUCGACGAGUCGAGACAGAGCACAUGGUGCGGAACCAGAAGUUCAGAUUCGCCAUGGCUUCAAUGGUCUGCGAUUCAAACAUUGUUAGAAAGAUCUCUUUCGGAUGUCUUGAUCCUCCUAGAUUGCUGCGCCGGCGCCGCAAGUGCUACUUUUCCUAAUGGCAAGAGCAUAACGGAAACAAUAUCAGCAUCCAGCUGGGAUGCCAUCGCUCCAGAUCCGGGAAGGUAUUCAUUUACUAACACAUUAAUCGAAGUACUUCAAGAAUGGAGACGGAGGACCUUUUCCGCAGCAAUGUUGCAUGCAGAGGUCCUCGCACGCCUUAAGCACCCGAGGCCCGAGAUGUUGAACGGCAAACAUUUCGAAGCACGUGCCACGCCAGUACAUUUCAUGAUGACCGCUAACCACAAGGCACCAAGUAUCGAAAUUGCUCGGAUUCUGUCAUCGGAUGCAAGACCACCCUCGCCCCCCCAGGAAGCGGGAUUCGAUGGCAAUCCCAUGAACGGUCGGUCAGCCGGACCGCAGGAUAUUAUCGGAUCCGAACCAAACGAGGACGUACCACAUGUGAUGAUAUCGCUGGCACUUGAAGAGGACCAGCGCCUCAACAUCAAUGACUGGGAGCACUGGCUUUCGAAUAUCCCAGCGCUUGCUAAGUAUGUUAAGGUCCAAGGAGUAUUCAAGAGCCAUUCAACGCUACUGCUCUUAUCUAUGCCGGUAAUGGUUUGGGAUCUACUUCCGGAAAACCACGCGUGCAACUUUAUCGCGUUUAUUCGAUCGAACAACUUGGCCAUCCGGAACCAAAACGAGCCAAGGAUAAUCGAGGAAGAGGUCUUAGCGGGCGCCGACGUGGACGCGGAUUUGAGGUCAAUUUAUUCGGGAACUACAGCAUAUACCGCUGGGCCCUUGGAGUCUAUGAGAGGUGCUAGAUUAUCUAUGAUGUCCACUCUUUCAAACGGCAAGACGCCAAUAGAACCGGCAUUCAGAAGUUUUGAACGCCCCUCGUUUGAUGGCCCUAGCCGUGGUUAUCGACACUCAUCGAGCACGAUGCCUGUGGACCAGUCCAAGCCAAACAGGGGAUGGUCAACCUCUUCUCGUGGUCCAUCGACAAGACAACGCCCCGCGCCUGGCGGUUUCCUUCAUAAGAGCAUCUCAUAUGGUAAUAUAGCGCAACAACUAGCUAUCAAUCAACCUAGGAGUGCAAGGAGAACAUCAUUGGCUUCCAUAUCAAGUCGACCCGAACUUCCACCACGUGUUGAAGCACGGUUGGAGGAAUACUUCAACAACAACCCAGUACCCACGGCUGCCGUCAGGGAAUUCCUGGCAUCAACACACAAAAUAGAGACGGCAGAUUUGAAUGCCUGGUUCCAACAUCGUCGAGAACAACAAGAAGUGGAGAAUAGACUACAAAGUUUAAAGAUAGAUGAUCACAGUCAUGACCCCCCAACAGAUGGUGCUCAGAUGAUCCUUCCCGGACAUCUUAACAAGUUGCUUGAAAUCUUCCCGGCAGGCCGUGGUCAGAUCGUGGUGAUUGACCUCCGCUCACUCUCUGAGUAUGAACAAUCUCACAUCCAUGGCGCCAUCAAUUUCAGAGCCCCCGAGUCCUUUGUGGCACGAGCAAGCAUGGAAAUGAUUGAGAGGGCAUUGCCGGAUGAGACCAGCCGCAACGCUUUUAAUAAGUGGUACGGUAGCAAUUGCGUCGUAUUUUACGACAAGGUAGCUGAGUACACUUGGGAAGCUCCUGUAGCCGAUGCGCUAUACCAGAAAUUCAAGAGUAAGGGAUGGGCUGGACAAUGUUUUGUGCUCAAGGGUCACUACCGGGAAUUCUCACAUUCGUUCGACAAGUACAUUGUAGGCGUGAACACGACGAACAAUGCGAAGGAGUACCUUGCUAGCAUUGAGGAUAUGCCUGAGGAGAAGUUGCAGGAGGAUCACCAAAGAUACGAUGACUGGCUAAAACUUCUCGAAGGGGAAGACAGGGUACACUCAACUGACCUCGUCUCAACGGUGAAAGCCGAGCGCGUCGACGCUACAGUGAAACACCAAAGGGAAAUUGAGAUUGAGUUCGAGCACACGCAUCCAGACCUACACAAGGAGGCUGUAAAUCGGAGGCGCGAUAGUAAUUGGUCCAUCAAAGGGCCCAUGGUUCACCAUCUAGAGCGCGGCAUCGCUAAGAUGCAAGAAGCCGGAAGGAGUACGGGAACGGGUAGAUCCGGUGCUGCUCCGGGGGACUACAGACGCCCGGUGGAUAAGCUCUCCAUGUCGGAUUACGAUCUCCUCGAGUCCGAAGACGAACACUUGAGUCACGACUCGACACCGUCGAGGCUAAGUUCGGCCCCUCCUUAUAAAUUAGCAUCUGACGAUGCCGCCCCCGAGAAAAAGGGGCGGUCUGGAGGCCGUAGUCUCCUUGGGAAAUUCAUGCGAACCGGACGCCAGGAUCCUCCACGGUAAAACAUUUGAUUAGGAAGGACGAAUAUUUGGCUAUUUAUAUCCCAUUUACUAGAAUCUUCACGACUAGUACAGUUAUUCUACAUUUCGCAUUUCAAGCGAGGGGGACUCUUAAUCCGAGUCCACCGACGUUACUUUCGCCGCGGCAUUUUCACCUGCUUUUAGAAGCAUAGCUAUAUAUUUGGGAUUGAUAUACGGGAUUAGCACGAUGAUAUAUCUUUGGCGGACGAGUUUUUACUGCGGCAAUUGUUAGCUAUAUUACAUUGCAUUGCAUAUACAUAUAUUCUGGCUGGGCGGUUGGCUCAUAUACGGGGUUUGGGAGUGUGGGUAUUUGCGUCGUGGGUGGGUUUGUCUCGGGAUAUAGGUACGUAGGUAUGGAUGUUGGUGUGUUUACAUAGGUAGGGGGUUGUUUGGAUUGGGGGAGAUAUAUAUAUCAUUUUAUAUCUACUUGGAAUCCAGUUUGGGAGACUGAGGCUGCUUGUUGCUGUGAUAUUUUGGUGUGUAUACUAAGUAGGUUUGAUUGAUGGAUGGCUACGUGACACAUAAGAAUACCUAAAAGUAGAGCCUACCUAGUAAUCGGUCUAUCAUUAUAUUUUAACAA